AUGCAGAAGUCCCGGGCCAUCAGCAGCGCCUCGAGGGCGUUCGCCCCCGCACCCAUCAAUGCUCGCGCGCAGUUCCAAUUGCAGCAGCGUAGAUCUAUUCAAGAUGUGUCGAUCACCAGGACUGGAAAGCCCAUCAUCAAGGUUCAGGGUGGACGGUCGUCCCUUGGAGGUCAUACUGCCACCGUCUUCGGUGCUACUGGAUUCCUGGGCCGCUACAUUGUGAACAGACUGGCCCGCCAAGGAUGCACCGUUGUCGUUCCUUACCGUGAGGAAAUGGCCAAGCGUCACCUCAAAGUUACUGGUGAUCUGGGAAGAGUCGUCUUCAUGGAAUACGACCUCCGCAACACCCAGUCGAUUGAGGAGAGUGUUCGUCACUCAGAUGUCGUCUACAACCUUGUUGGUCGCCAGUAUCCUACAAAGAACUUCUCCUACGAGGAUGUUCAUGUUGAUGGUACCGAGCGUAUUGCGGAAGCAGUCGCCAAGUACGACGUUGACCGUUUCAUCCACGUCUCCUCCUUCAACGCAGACAUGGACUCGCCAUCCGACUAUUUCCGUACCAAGGGAUGGGGUGAGAAGGUCGCCCGUGACAUCUUCCCUGAGACUACCAUCGUCCGUCCUGCGCCCAUGUUUGGUUUCGAAGACAACCUGCUCCACAAGCUCGCUGGUGUCACCAACCUCCUCACGGCCAACCACAUGCAGGAGCGCUACUGGCCUGUUCACGUUAUCGAUGUUGGCACCGCUCUUGAACGCAUGCUGCACGAUGACACCACCGCUUCGGAGACUUUCGAGCUUUACGGUCCUAAAAACUACUCCACCGCUGAAAUCGCUGAGCUCGUUGACCGUGAGAUCAUCAAGCACCGCCGUCACAUCAACCUCCCCAAGGCCAUCCUGAAGCCGGCUGCUUACUGGCUCAACAAGCUCAUCUGGUGGCCCACUCUCUCUGCCGAUGAGGUCGAGAGGGAAUUCAUCGACCAGAAGAUUGACCCCACAGCCAAGACCUUUAAGGAUCUAGGAAUUGAGCCCGCUGAACUCAGCAACCUCACCUUCCACUACCUGCUGGGCUACCGGAGUUCUCAGUACGCCGACCUGCCCCCGGCCACUGAGCGGGAGAAGCAGGAAGAGAAGAAGUACCUGCAUGUGUUGGACGACCAGUAG